CCUCAACAGAUUACUCUUUCCCUCCCUCGCGCGCUACCACUUUCUCUCUCUCUCUCUCUGAUAUUCAUGGCAACUCCCCUGCAAGCGGCGAUAAUCGCCACCAUCAUGAUCAUCUUCAUCUCCAAAUCGACUGUCUCCGCCAUUGAAGAUCAAUUCGAAGCUUCAACCACAUCUUCGUCAAUAUCAACCUCGCCGCCGCCGCCGCCUCCACCACUGUUUCCGCCGCUGUCUCAGCCAUACAGAUCAGACCCAUUCACCGCCUCCUCGUUCUUGGCUCCCAUCUUGCUCAGCCUCGGCUUCCAAGAACUGGCAAUGGCCGUUCACUCCCUUCCCUCGCCUCCUGCAUGGACCGGCCCUUCCACCAUAUUCGCCCCCACCGACGCCUCCAUCCACAGCUGCAGCUCCUGCUCCGUCCCCCGCCUCCUCCAAGAACACAUCAUCCCCGGCCUCUUCACCCUCAACUACCUCCGCACCCUCCCCUUCGGCACCAAGAUCGAGACCAUGGUCCCCGGCCGCUGUGUCACCGUCACCUCCGCCGUUAACAACACCAAACUCUUCAUGGGCGGCGUCGAGAUCACCCACCCGGACCUCUUCAACAACGGCUUCCUCGUCGUCCACGGCCUCGACGGCUUCGUCUCCCACCUCUCUCCCUUCUCCUGCAACAUCGAGAGAGUGAAUUCUCUCUACUUCCCCACUUACCAGCCGGCCGACCGCUCGCAGCCUCUCCCGUCGAUCUCCGUCAUGCGCCUGAUGCUCCGAGACGCCAUGCUUCGCCUCCGCAUCAGCGGCUACAGCAUUCUCGCCCUCGCGCUACGAGUCAAGUACGCGGAGCUUGUCGGCCUCCACAACAUGACCGUCUUCGCUCUCGACGACAUUUCCAUCUUCAACGGCGGCCACGCGUACGUCAGGGAAGUGAGGUUCCACAUCGUACCAAACAGGCUCUUAAUGGCGGCCGAUCUGGAGCAUCUGCCGCCGUCAACAGUGCUGCCAACGCUGGAGCCCAGCGAGGCCCUAGUAGUCACCACCGCGGGUUUGGGCGGAGGCGGAGGCGGGCCGACGCCGUUGAGGAUCAACUACGUGCGGAUGCGGAGCCCUGACUUGCUGCACAACCUGAGGAUCGUAGUCCACGGACUGUUCAUGCCGUUUCCUCACCUUAAUCCAACGGUGGAUUCCUUAGGAGAUAACGGACGGACAGGAUUAGAUGCUGCGGGGAACGGAGGUUCGUGUCGUGCUUCGGAGAUGGAAGGUGCCUGCGCGAUGGGCCCCUCGCAGGAGAUUAAAUGGACGGCUGACAACGACGAUCAUCGCGGCCUUUGAAAUCAGAUUCGCUUUUUUUUUUUUGUUUUUUUUUCAAAUUUGGGUAGAAGAUCAGAUUUGCUUUUUUUUUUUUUUAUUUGAGAAAAUGAGAACAUUACAAACAUGAUCCUUUUAUUGCACUUUUCUAUUCAACAAAAAUAAUGAACCCGAUUCCAGUUUUCAA